GUGGCGGUCCGGUUGGUGCGGAAACCAAAGGAUGCGGACAAAGGCUCCACUUGUUAUCGGUAACAAGAGUCUCUAAACAAGUUUUAUCCACGAUAUAACGAGGCAGGAUCCAGGCAGACGUAACGUUGUUAAACUAAACGAUCUGUCACCAUGGAUAAUGCUCUGGGCAACCUCCAGAGCUUAUAUGAAAAGCUCCUCACUCAGGUGGACGUGCUGAAUGAGAGCAUUGAGCCCAGCUUCAUCCAGAUGGCCCUAAACUUCGAUGACUGCCGUCGUAAUUGGCUGAGGGCUGAGCAGGACCUUGGGUCAUGCAAAGAGAUGCUCACCAAAACAGAGACCGAACGAGGAGCCCUGGAGGUUAAACUGAAACACGCUCGGAACCAGGUGGAUGUAGAGAUCCGGCGCAGACAAAAGGCUGAAGCUGACUGUGAGAAAUUGGAUCGCCAAAUCCAGUUGAUCCGAGAACUUCUCAUCAGUGAAGGUUCCUCCAGUAUCCAGUUUAGUGCAGAACAGCGCUCAGCCUUGGCUUUCCUCAAUACGAACAACCAGGCAGCAUCUAAUCUCAAUACAAGCCGCAGACUUCAGACAAUAGAUGAAUCAGCCUCCAUUUUAUCAGACAUUAGCUAUGAUAAAACGGACGAUUCUCUGGACUGGGAUGCUUCUACUGUGAGAACAGUGAGGCUCAAAAAGAGAGAGAAACGUCGCUCCUCCAGACAUCACAUUGAUGGACCUCCAAAUGCCUCCAAGCGGUCUCGAUCAACUGGAAAAACCUCAGGAGUGGGAAAUGAGACACUGGUGACAAAGACCACUGUGUUAGUUCCAGGCAAUGGAGGGCCAGUCGAGGCCAUUUCCACCAUUGAGACUAUGCCCUACUGGACUCGCAGCCGCAGAAGGACUGCUGCAAUGGAGUGGGAUUCUGAAUCUGUCAAAUCUGAGGAUGUGUUUAAGCAGCCAAGCCUCCCUGAGGGGGAGAUGAAGACUCACCCAAGCACUCCCCAGAACAAUGGAGGUGUGCGCCUUCAUGAGUUUACUUCCAAAACUGUGAUCAAACCAGAGUCGUGCGUCCCUUGUGGAAAGAGGAUCAAGUUUGGGAAGAUCUCUCUCAAGUGUCGCGACUGCAGAGUGGUGUCUCACCCAGAGUGUCGCGAGCGCUGCCCUCUGCCCUGCAUCCCCACUCUCCCAGCCACACCCGUCAAGAUCGGAGAGGGGGUGCUGGCUGACUAUGUCCCAGAGAUGUCCCCCAUGAUCCCUCCUCUUGUUGUUCACUGCAUCAGUGAAAUUGAGCAGAGAGGGCUGCAUGAGGCUGGCCUGUACCGUGUGUCCGGCGCUGACCGCGUAGUGAAAGAGUUGAAGGAGAAAUUCCUCAGAAAUAAAACUGUUCCUGUCCUGAGUAAAGUGGACGACAUUCACGCCAUCACUGGGCUGCUUAAAGACUUCCUCCGAAACCUGAAGGAGCCUCUGCUCACCUUCCGUCUUAACCAGCCCUUCAUGGACGCCGCUGAGGUUUCUGAUGACGACAACAGCAUUGCUCUGAUGUACCAAACGAUCAGUGACCUGCCGCAGCCGAACAGGGACACUUUGGCUUUUCUGGUGCGUCAUCUUCAGAGAGUGGCUGACAAUGAAGAAAACCGGAUGGACAUCAGUAACUUGGCUCGAGUGUUCGGCCCGACAAUCGUGGGCCAUGCUGUGCCAAACCCAGAGCCCAUGACCAUCCUCCAGGACACCAAGAGACAGCCUAAGGUUGUGGAGCGUCUGUUGUCUCUGCCUGCUGACUACUGGGGCCAGUUUGUGAUGGCGGAAAAUGUACAGCCAAACCUGGACCACCUGAUUAUUGAGAAUGCAAACUGUUAUGCCACUCCUGAGAGAGUGAGUAUGUUGGGACCUCUGACCACUCCAGAGCAUCAGCUCAGUAAAACUCCAUCCUCUAGCUCCCUGACUCAGCGCAUGCGCACCCUCACUCCAAGAUUUGGGAGCAAAAGCAAGUCGGCUGUCGGACUUCCUCGUCAAGGGAAAUUCUUCGCUUCUCCUCUUCUGAAAUAAGUCCGUCCAUCUUAAUGCUUUGUACAGCAAUAAUCUGCUUAACAUUUACCCAUAUUCAUUUAAUUUGUUCUAGUAUAUUAUCUGUCUCAACAUGUGUUAAAGUGUCACGUUCAUAUUUUUUCUUUUGAAGAGAAUCUAUGCACCGUUUUGGUAUGACUUGAUUGUCAUUUUCAGUUUUAAUAUAACACUUUGUGCAUGGACCUGUUUUAAAGGGACCUGCUCAGUAACAUUCAUGUAAUCAGCUUCAGCCCAUGUUGUUACUCAGAGGUUGAAGUCUGUGUCAGGUUUAAAGAAAUGUGUGCUGUUUUUUUUUAAAUUUUUUUAUUUGUAUUUAAUGUGUCCUGAUUCAUACACCAGCUCCUGAUCAACAUCUGUAAAGCCUAUGUUGCAGUGUACUGUCAGAAAUGAUGACUGUAGUAUUGAUUAUUGACUUUUACUCAGGCUAGUUAAUCGGGAGCAUUUUUAACUCGUGUUAAUUAAUUGGGAGCAUUUUUAAAGCAAAACUGUACCCUUUACUAACCUGAUUUGUGUAAAUUAUAAAAUACAGUGUAUUCUGUCA